UACAUAACUCAGCGUUACGAGGGAAACGAAGAAAGAGUUACGAAGAAAGAGAGAGAACGUGUGAUACAGAUCAGCUGUGCCAAGCACAAGAGGAGCACGAGGCAAAAACAGUGCCAGAGGCGGGAAAUCACAGGAGAGAGAGAACUGGAAAAGCCAAAAGGCUGGAGUGCAGGAGAGGAAUAUACGACCUUUGAUACACAUCAUGGAAGGAUUCGAUUAUUCUUCGAUGAAGAUAUCCAGUCGUCCAGAACUGACUGAGUUUGAAGGCAUCUCUAUGGUACAUUACUUCACAGACAACUGGAAGAAUGUUCAGAACUUCAAGGCAAGACCGGAUGACAUCCUUAUUGCCACUUAUCCAAAAGCAGGCACCACCUGGGUGUCCUACAUUUUGGAUCUGCUUUACUUUGGCAAUACGGCACCAGAGCGUCAGACCUCUCUGCCCAUCUACAUGCGAGUACCGUUCCUCGAGUCGGCCUUCCCUGUGAUCCCUGCAGGAGUGGAGCUGGCAGAUAAUCUACCCACCACGCCACGUCUUAUCAAAACCCAUCUUCCUGUUCAGUUGGUGCCCAAGUCCUUCUGGGAACAGAACUGCAGGGUUGUCUAUGUAGCCCGCAAUGCCAAAGACAACGCAGUGUCCUAUUUUCACUUUGAUCAAAUGAAUAUGGUAGAACCAGAGCCAGGAGACUGGAGUACCUUUCUGCAUAACUACAUGGAUGGAAAGAAUGUUUUUGGUCCUUGGUAUGAUCAUGUGUGUGGAUUCUGGGAGAAGAAGAAGAUGUACUCCAACAUUCACUAUAUGUUCUUUGAGGAUAUGGUGGAGGACACUGGGCGUGAAAUAGAGCGCUUAUGCUCUUUCCUCGGUUUAUCUACUUCAGCAGAGGAGAAAGAGAGAAUCACCCAAUCCACUCACUUUGACACUAUGAAGCAGAACAACAUGACCAACUACUCCGGCCUUCCAGUCAUGGACUUCAAGAUCUCACCGUUCAUGCGCAAAGGAAAAGUUGGUGACUGGAAGAAUCACUUCACUGUGGCCCAGAAUGAGAAGUUUGAUGAACACUACAAGCAGAGGAUGAAGAACACCACUCUACAAUUCCGAACAGAAGUUUAGAGCUCCCUGAAACAUUCCUAUUUCAUAAUUUUAACAUGUUAACAAAGUUUAUUGAAGGACAUUUUUUGGUCUAUGUAUUGUUUUGUCUACAUAUUGUUUUAGACCACACACUGUAAAAUAUAAAAUGAUUUUUCAUGCUUAUUCAAAUAGUUUUAUACAUCUGUGUAUAGGAAAAAGAAACUUUGCUAGGAUUUAUCAACGUUGUGAAAUGUCUAGACCAUAGACACAGACAAUUAUGUAACAUGACAAUUAGACAUUUUAGUAAUUAUAACAGGGUUAUAAUCCAUGGUUGUGGACUGAAAUUAUGUGUGAGUAUAAAAAAGUAAUGUCAGAAUAAAGUGGCAGUGAAUUAAUA